AUGGCCACGCUGGUGUGCCGGGUGCAGCUGCUGGAUGACACCGACCCCUUCAACAGCACCAACUUCCCCGAGCCCACCCGGCCGCCGCUGUACACCUUCCGGGAGGACAUCCCGCUCGCCACCCAGCUGGCCGGGGUGCACCGCCUCCUCCGCGCCCCGCAGAAGCUUGAUGACUGCACUCUGCAAUUGUCUCACAACGGUACCUAUCUGGAUCUAGAAUCGACCCUAGCAGAACAAAGAGACGAACUGGAAGGCUUCCAGGAGGAUGCUGGGAGGGGCAAGAAGCACAGUAUAAUUCUGAGGACCCAGUUGUCAGUGAGAGUCCAUGCCUGCAUUGAAAAACUUUACAAUUCCAGUGGACGGGAGCUGAGACGGGCACUUUUCUCCUUGAAACAAAUAUUUCAGGAUGACAAGGACUUGGUUCAUGAGUUUGUUGUCGCAGAAGGUCUGACUUGCUUAAUCAAAGUGGGAGCUGAGGCCGACCAGAAUUAUCAGAACUACAUCCUGAGAGCUUUGGGCCAGAUUAUGCUCUAUGUUGAUGGCAUGAAUGGCGUAAUAAAUCAUAAUGAAACCAUCCAAUGGCUGUACACACUUAUUGGGUCAAAGUUCCGCCUGGUGGUAAAGACAGCGCUGAAGCUGCUGCUGGUGUUUGUGGAGUAUACAGAGUCCAACGCACCGCUUUUAAUCCAAGCAGUAUCUACCGUUGAUGAAAAGAGAGGAGCCAAGCCGUGGUCCAACAUCAUGGAGAUCCUGGAGGAGAAGGAUGGGGUUGAUACCGAACUACUGGUUUACGCAAUGACCUUGGUUAACAAGACGCUGUCGGGAUUGCCAGAUCAAGACUCUUUCUACGACGUGGUGGACUGUCUGGAAGAGCUAGGCAUUGAAGCUAUUUCACAGAGACACUUGAACAAGAAAGGAACAGACUUGGACUUAGUUGAGCAAUUUAACAUUUAUGAGAUGACACUGAGACAUGAGGAUGGAGAUGAGAGUGCUGACCCCCCUCCCAGUGGGCGCAAGGACCGGAGAAGGGCCAGUCUUGGUGCUAGUGAGCGGAGGGGGUUAGAGCGCCGACGGAGCCGCAGGCACUCGGUACAGAACGUCAAAAGCACUUUAUCAGCCCCUGCGAGUCCAUGCAGUCAGUCAAACCCUAGCUUCAUGCUAGGCCACGGACAGCGUGUUGAAGAGCUCAAGGAGGAAGAAUGUGAAGAGGAGGAAGAAGAACAGCCAGUCACAGAGCCCAAUACUGAGGAUGAGGGGGAGGAAGAGGCCAGUAGGCAGGUCAAAGCCAGUGGGGUCCCAGGUGCGCAGGAGGCUGUGAAUGAAAACCUUUCACGGUGUUCUGAUUCUUCAGCAAUCUCCAGUGCUAUUUCUCCAGCUGAGAGGCCUCUCUCCUGCUCUAGAGCAGAGAGCUCUUCUAGCAGCUCCUCUUCUGUGCCUGAGUCAUGUGUCUCUCAUCAUAAUUCUGUCCUUUCAUCACCAUCUUCACCUGCAACAGCAUUGCUAAGCUCUUCCCAGAAUUCAUCAGCAUCCAUUACUCCAAAGGCAUCUCCAACAGUGGAGAAAUUACCCUAUGUACCACAUACUCCUUUUCACCUCUUCUCAUACGACUUUGAAGAGUCUCCAGCAUCUGUGAAAGAAAAGGAAGCAGAGGUGAUGAGGGAAAACAGUCCUUCUGAAUUUCUGCAUGUGAACAAAUAUUUUGAUUCCUUUGAUCCUUUUAAUUUUCGAUCUUUCUCUUCUAAUAGAUACAGUAGCUAUGGCAGCAGCUCUUACUCUUCUCCACGACCUUACUCUGGUGUGAGUGCCCCUACAACACCCACUUCUCGUUAUGGGACAACUCUCUCGACGCCUCAAGAAACCAAAUCUGACAGACCAGCUUUGGGUGGUCUCCUUACAUCAUCUUUUCGGCAGCACCAGGAGUCCUUGGCAGCAGAAAGAGAAAGACGACGUCAGGAGAGAGAAGAAAGGUUGCAAAGGAUAGAACGUGAAGAAAGAAACAAAUUCAACCGUGAUUAUUUAGACAAAAGAGAAGAACUAAGACAAGCAAGAGAAGAGAGAUACAAAUACUUGGAGAGGUUGGCAGCGGAGGAGUAUGAGAAGGAGCUGAAGAGUCGGAGCAUAAGCCGAGGCAGAAGUGAGCUGUCCUUGAACCUGAGAUCUCCUUCAGCCCCAUCCUCGCCUGUACCCAAGUGUGUCAGCCCAGCAUCCAUAGAGUCCCAGGAAGAGCUGAAAACCCCUUCCACCCCUUGUGGGACCCCUCAGCCCUCAGAAGUGAGUGCCAGUGAACCCGAACCAGAGACAGAGACAGAACCAGAACCAGACCCAGAGCAGGAGGCUGAGGCUGAGGCCGAGCAGGGAACGGAGACACCCAAGGAAAUAGAGGCUACAGAGGUGGGACCAGAGAGUGAGGUGGAGCAAGGACCAGAGAGAGAGCCAGAAGAAAGUGCAAUACUCAGUGAAAAAGAGAGGCAGAAUGAGGAAGUGAAUGAAAAAGACAACUGCUCUGCAUCCAGCAUAUCCUCAGCAAGCAGCACUUUAGAGAGGGAAGAGAGAGAGGACAAGUUAACCAGUGACAAUGAAACUGGUCCAUGGUCGCAGACCAUUCAGGAUGCUGGUGUGAAUGAGCAGUGCAGCAACAUCCUCAACAACAAGCGGUUUAUGCUGGACAUGUUGUAUGCGCAUAACAAAAAGCCCAAGGAUGAAGAGGAGAAGGAGCUGGAGGCGAAGGAAGAAAAGAAGGAGACGGAGGAAAGCGAGGAGUCACUAACUAGCCUAGCCAGUAGGAUCUCUAUCCUUCAGGCCACAAAGCAGGCCAAAGAUGAAAGUGUCAAAAAGAUGGAGAUCGGAAAUCUGGACAACCAAGGCAGUGUGAAAGCCUUUGCAGAAAAAUUCAACAGUGGUGAGCUGGCCAAGGGGACAAGCAUUGCUGAAGAUGAAAUUAGUGAACAGGUCCCCGAGAAAACACCAGCACAGCCAAAGAAGGAAUCUGACUACAUCUGGGAUCAGCUCAUGGCUAAUCCUAGGGAACUUAAAAUCAAAGACAUGGAUUUUACAGACUUGGGGGAGGAGGAUGAUGUAGAUGUGUUGGACAUGGAUAUGGGUCCUGGGGACUCCCUUGUUCCCCCUCCUCCACCUCCACCCUCCUUUCUGGGUUUGCCUCCUCCACCACCUCCCCCGCUGUUUGGAUGUCCGCCUCCACCUCCACCCUCUGCUAAUUUAUUGGCUCCUCCUCCGCUGUUCAGCACUCCUCAGGGUUUAGGGUCACCCCAGGUUUCUAGGGGUCAGCCAGCAUUUAUAAAGAAGAAGAAAACCAUCCGUCUGUUUUGGAACGAGGUACGGCCAUUUGAGUGGCAGUGUAAAAACAACAAACGCUGCAGAGAAUUCCUGUGGUCGAAACUGGAACCCAUUAAGGUGGACACUUCCAAACUGGAGCAUCUCUUUGAGUCUAAAUCCAAGGAACUGCCUGUCACAAAGAAAACUGCUGCAGAUGGGAAGCGACAGGAGAUCAUUGUAUUGGACUCAAAACGAAGCAAUGCUAUUAAUAUUGGCUUGACUGUGUUGCCCCCUCCCCGGACUAUCAAGACUGCUAUUUUGAACUUUGACGAAUAUGCCUUAAACAAGGAAGGAAUAGAGAAAAUCCUGACCAUGAUCCCGACCGAGGAGGAGAAGCAGAAGAUCCAGGAAGCGCAGCUGGCAAACCCCGAUGUCCCCCUGGGCAGCGCCGAGCAGUUCCUUCUCACCCUCUCCUCCAUCAGUGAACUCUCCGCCAGACUCCAGCUCUGGGCUUUCAAGAUGGACUACGAGAUAGUGGAAAAGGAAGUUGCAGAACCACUUCUAGACCUGAAGGAAGGAAUGGACCAACUGGAGCACAAUAAAACUUUGGGAUUUAUCCUUUCUACUCUACUAGCCAUUGGGAACUUUCUGAAUGGAACCAACGCCAAAGCUUUUGAGUUGAGCUACCUCGAGAAGGUUCCAGAAGUCAAGGACACGGUGCACAAGCAGUCCCUCCUGCACCACGUCUGCACUAUGGUGGUGGAAAAGUUCCCAGACAGCACUGAUCUUUAUUCAGAGAUCGGGGCCAUCACUAGGUCAGCCAAGGUUGACUUCGAACAACUCCAGGAAAACUUGUGUCAGAUGGAAAGACGGUGCAAAGCAUCAUGGGAUCACCUUAAGGCUAUAGCAAAGCAUGAAAUGAAGCCAACUCUAAAGCAAAAAAUGUCAGAGUUCCUUAAAGACUGUGCAGAAAGAAUCAUAAUCCUGAAGAUUGUUCAUAGAAGAAUAAUUAACAGGUUUCACUCAUUUUUGUUAUUUAUGGGCCAUCCUCCCUAUGCAAUACGUGAAGUCAACAUCAAUAAGUUCUGCAAAAUUAUUAGCGAAUUUGCUCUGGAAUACCGCACCACCAGGGAACGAGUUUUGCAGCAAAAACAGAAACGAGCUAACCACAGGGAAAGAAACAAGACCAGAGGAAAAAUGAUAACAGAUACCGAUGAAGAAGAGGAUGCUGAGUCUGGCAAGUUCUCCAGCAGCUCGCCCCCCUGCCAAAGCCAGCCCCAGGGGCUGCAGUACGCUGAGGACGCUGCAGAGCACGAGAACAUGAAGGCCGUGCUGAAGACCUCCUCCAUCGGCGGGGAAAGCACCACAGCGCUCGGGGUCCGCACUCGAAGCCGGGCCAGCCGAGGCCGUGUUGGUUCAUGGAAUGCUGGCAACGACGAUUCACCUAAUGCAACAGAUGACGCAGCAGAUGAGAUCAUGGAUCGCAUUGUGAAGUCCGCCACCCAAGUGCCAAGCCAGCGAGCAGUGCCUAGAGAGAGGAAGCGGUCACGAGCAAAUAGGAAGUCAUUGAGAAGGACACUAAAGAGCGGACUGACACCAGAAGAAGCCAAAGCACUGGGCCUCAUCAGCACCUCUGAGAUGCAGGUUUGAUGUCCCAGAGGUGGCGACGAGAAGAGCCGUUCAUCUGAAGCACACAGGCUGACAACCCUUCAGUGUGGCAUUGACCUGCCAGCCUCCUCUGCUGCUCCCAACAUCCCGUCCUCUGUUAAUUCGAUUUUAAUAAGCAACAAAAAGUGAAACCCCACAGCUAGGGCAGAAGAAGGGUGUGCCGCAGCUCGGCACAUCUGGACAGUAACUGAGGAAGUGUUUGAGUGCUUGUAGGUGAAAGCAUAUGGCUGCUUCUUCUCAUGGUGUGUUGAUGUGGGUAUGAGGAGGCUUUCUCUGAGUUAUUUGUCAUUGUGUAAGCUGUGUUUACGUUGGCUUUCCUUGUGCCCUGUUUUAGUCAUUGUAAAUGUAUGGCAUUUUGUCAAUGCAAGGAACAGUCCUUAAAGAGGCAAAAUAACUCCUGUUACAGCAACCCCAAUUUUCCUGAAGCAGAUUCAUUAGGCAAAGAUGCACAGUCUGCAACCCUGUGGUUUGUUGGGUUUUUUUAUUAUUUUGCCACCAAAGAAUGUAAAAAUGUAUGUGUACCUUUGUAUAUGUACAGAAUGAAUGUGUGGACAUGUGUGCGUGUAUCUAUACACAUACAGUCAUGGUGUGAAAUCAUGCUCUUGCUGAAGCUAGCUGGACCAUGAUUUUCACUCUGGGGCCUUACUGUUCUACCUGGACAGGAGGAAAAGAAUGUCUUUUUGCAGGAACUCAGUGUUAUUCAAUGAGAUUCACCCUGUGGGGCAGGAGAUGGCCUGCAAUACAGGUGGAAAGUUUAGGAUCCUGAAUUCAUAUGUAUUAAUACACACUCAUACUGUACAUAGCAGCAUGCACGUGGAGGAGAGGAGACAGAAUACCUCCCUCUUGUUGAGCUAUGGCUCUACUGUGCAUUUGUACGGUUUCAAAGAGAUCUAUGCCAACAAUUUUACAUACUCGAUAAAUGCAUUCAGAUGCUAAGAUCAAGAAGUUUUGUUCACUUGCCUGUGCCCUUCAUGCUGCUUUUCUCUGCUGCAAGAUAACGUGGUGGUGAUUUUAUUUCAGAUUAAUGGAUCUGAAUAUGAAAUGGCCCUGCUAAAAGCCUGCUGUGGUUUUGCUGUUCUUUACUCUUUUUUGUGAUUAUCCUUGAUGCAAGUGGAGAGGGUACCACAGUGAACACUCCAAUGUUUGCCCUUACCUCGGCUGUAUUAUAACUGACUUUUAUAACUGCCCUCAGCAUGUGUGUUUGAAGAACCUUUAGUCAACUCAUCUGCCUUUAAGUGGAGAACAUACACAGCAGUGAAGAUUAAUUGAACCCAGUCACCCUAGCCAGUGCUGAAGCAUUUUGAAGAGAACUGCAAACAGCAAUAGCAUAGAAGGGAACUUUUUAAGCCGAAGUCUGUAUAUGGCCAAUUGAUCCUCAAGGAUUCACAAGAUUAUCUCUUUCCAUUGCCUUAGCCUCUAAGAUUAAGGGUGUGUCUGCACAGCAGUAGCAGCUGAGGUUUCCUUCAAGCUACUUAACUGGGGAACUGCAGCAGUUUAGUCAUGGUAACAGGGUUUGAUUUUGACUGCAAAACACACUUGAAAAGUAGGGUUAAUUAAUAGUCUAUGCUGGUCUCCUAAUGCCAUAGCUAUGUUGCUUCUGGCACCUAAGCUAUGUCAGGUACUUCAAGUUACUCUACUCUGCUCUCAUUAAGGACAGGAUAAUCACUGAAGAUUGUUCAGGAUAGUGGAACCAAGCACAAUAAACCUUUGAAACCUCGGUCAUCCAUCACAUUGCAUUGAGCACAGCAUCCAAGUGAUGAGAGAACUAGGUAGCUGACAACACUGCAAUGAGAUCUGUGGUUGAACAUCCUAUCUAUGCUGUCCACCCUCUUGAUUGUAACAUUUCAUUCUUCAUCUGCCGAUGCCUUGGAUCUUAGCGUGUCAAAGUCCAUGGGGUAAAAAGUCACUAAUGCGCAAAGGUUCUUAAGGACAGCAUUGAGUUUGCUGUGGUUUUCCCCUCUGACUGUUAAAAAGUCAAUUUUACAAGUAGGCAGAAGGCAGUAGUUGUGUAAUUAAUAAAAUGUGUUUUGUAUUUGAAAGCUAUGGAAAGGAGGAAGCUGGUUAGGAAACAGAAAGAAGUGGCAUAUCCUUGAUUUCACUGUAAAAUAAGCAAGACCUAUGAGCAUCUGGAUUUUAAAGUGUAUCUUUAUGUGCUGCUCACCAUUAUAGACUUUUUAAAUCUCUCUUAAGGAUGCUUAAAACAAAGAAAUGAAGGUAAUGGGGGUUUGUGGAGGUCUUUGAAGUCUGAAACAAGAGGAAGACAUCCUGAAUGUAAUGGUUAUGUUGAACUGUGAUACUUGCUAAGUGAUAAAAGAAGCAAAAAUGCAACAUAGUGCAUUUAUGCUGACAGAGGUUCUAUAUUUGAUUGGAGGGAGAAAGUCAAACAAGUUUUUAAAACUGAGUAUUUUAAUUAAAAUAUGUUGAAUGUGCAAAAUAGGUGGCUGUUAGUGACCACUUGCUAACAGGAAACAAAUUUGUGUUUUGUUUAGACAUGGUACAGCAUCUGUGUCUGAAACAUAACAUAGCUGAUGAAUUACUAAUAGUUGGGCGUAUGUAUUUUCCAAGAAUUGUGCAAAAGUACAUAUGCUCCUUAUUGAGGAGAAAAUUAAAUACGGGGAAUGGGGUUAGAAUAAGUUCAGAAAAAAAAGCCGGUUUCUUUCAGAUUCUCUGGAUGCAAGUGUCUUACAUGUGAAGCAUAUUCUUCCUUGUCUAUUUUUCCAUUAUAUUUGCUUUUCUGUUCUUGCUCUCUAUUUGUAAAACUGGUACCAGUUUUUCUGAGGGAUAACUUGGUCAUGUUUAUGCAGUAGUGUACAUUCAGAUUAAUUCCACUGUCCUCAGUGUUUAUUGCAACAAGAUCAUCAAACACAGUAGCAAUGCAAUAAUUACAGAAAAGAUUUCCAUUUUGGUUCCUGAUAAAAAUGGCCAGCGGCCCAAUGUGCUAAUGUGUAAGGUGGCAAUAUUUCCUCUGGAGUCUGCUAGCAUGUCCUGACUGUGGGAAUGACAUUUGUUCCCCUUCAUCUAACUAGUGGAUUCCAGAUGAAAUGGAGAAAUUGGUUAUAUUUGCAUGCCUCUGUCUGUCUGUCUAAUCAGGUUGGAACCUUCAGGUUUUGAGUUGCUGCCUGCCCCUCCAUCAUUGAAAGAGCCCACCAUAAGGAUGUAACAGUUGUUUUAAAAUGUGUGUGAGAUAUGGAUUGGUUUUGUGACAAAUAUAAAGGUCUUGGAAACACGAUGUAGUAACACAUGUUCCCAUUUCUCACUUAGAGAUACAUGAAGGCUGUUUUUAAACACUUGCAGCCAUAAUAACUACCUCUCUUCUCUUUCUUAUAGUACCAGUCAGCUGCAAAUGUAGUGCCCAGAGUCUUGUAUGUCCACCAAGCUCUCAGAGUCGCUGCUGAUGUUCAUUUCAGCACCCAUCUCCUGCCAAUAACUUGUCUGUCCGUCUACCACCAUAAUGCCUUCCUGAUUUGGAUGCUGAGCUAAACUUUAGCACAUGAAAUGUCCACCAAUGGGAAGCUAUCCUAAUUUCCUUUCAUCUCCCUUGGUGUUUAAAAGCAGACUGCAUACAAAUACUUUGUAUUCCCUUGCUCCCAACUGAGGGAUAACUUUCAGUAGCAGUUAUGUGGCUGUGGGGAAGAAACACCCUCAGGGAAUGCUGUGUGCCACAAUCAAGAGUGAAAGAUCACUCACAAAAAUUAACUUCAUCACUCUUCACCUUUCAGUAAGGCCAAGCAUCAGGCUCAUGGAUUCCAGAUGUUUUAUAGCCCCUUGGCUGCUACAUGUGACCCUUCUGUUUGAUAGAUCCCUGUCCAUAAUCCAAAAUCAACAAAAAAGUGGUGUUUUAAUGAGGGUCUUUCUUGCUCCGAUAAAUACUGGAAACAGCAUCAAAAGCAGUUUUCAAAAUACAUUUCUUUUUCUCUUUUGACCCCCUUUUAUUGUAAAUCUCUGUACUGAUUGACUCUGUCAGCAAAGUAAGGCAUCAGAUUUGUAGGCAGACAAGACUUUGGCUUUAGCUUAAUACAAAGUCACAUGUGAGUAUCUAGAUAAGCGUUCGUGCCCCAAUUUAACAGAAAUUUGGAGUCAGAGUCUUGAUGUGACUGAACAGCAAGGGCCUCCUGCAAGGUGCUUCAUUCCCCCUCAAGGUACUGGAUAAUGUGGCAGGACAGCGCUUUAAAUCCCUGGUGUGCUAUGCUCUGAACAUACCCUGGUGAACCCUAAAAGCCAUGGAAAAGUCACAAGUGAGGACUGCAACAUCUACUGCAAACCUAAGGGGCCCAAUGCCACUGUAGGUGCAGCAAAUGGUUCCCUUUGUCAGGCAUCCUCUCCACACCGGCAUCCCUGGUAGUGUAACAACAGCAAGUGUAAAUCCAAAAUGCUUUAGAAACUGUUUGACCGAUGGUAGUCGUCUGGAUUCGGGUGUGUGUAUGCUGUGUGGUUAUUGGUUUUACAACGCUUUGGUUUCACUGAGAUGAAAUGGGGACAUGGUGGCAGCCUACCAGUGUCACAUCCUUUAUCCUCCCACGACAGCUCGUAGGCAGGCGUACAGGCUACCUGCCAUUAUCUAAAGGAUGUGCAGGGACACCAUGCCAGACAGAAGCACGAGCCUAUACCUCCCUCUUUUUCACUCCUGUACGCUCACUACGUGCGCGUGUACCGCUCCUCUCGUUAUCUUCAAGGCGUGUUGUGCGUGCGUGCGCAGGCGGAGACCCUGACCCUGUGCCGUAUUGAGAUGAUGGCUCUGCGUUUCCAGCAUUGGGAUGCAAGAAACACUUGCCUAAGCUGUAAGGACUACGACUGUUGAUGUUUCUCCGCAGGGAAAACUGCCAGGUACUUACAGGCUCUGAAAGAAAAUAAACUGAAGCAUUUUUGAAAGAGACGAUGUUUGGUUAAGGGUAACUGUUGAAAAUGAUUUGCAAACACUUGAACAACAUGUAAGGCCUGCCUUCCUUUUUUUCAACUGGGGCAGCAACUGGCUCAACUGGCAUUUCAGAUGCGAUCCCAAGAGGUUUUUGGCAAGCAGUUUAAUAGUUACAUAGCAAGUAAUUCAAGGAGUUUCAGAGAUGUUGUAUAGUUUUGUUUACUCAAAAAAAAGAAAAUUAAAAUUAUUUCUAAUUAGUCCAUUUCACAUUGAGUGGCAGAUAGAGAUAUAUUUUGUUUAAUCACUAUCUAAUACAGAGGCUUCUGUGAAAGAAAAGGUUUAUUUGUAGCAUUGGGUGCGUUUCUCCUUUUUAAAGACUGUCUUUGCGCAUAUAGUGUCCUUUUUUGUGAGAUGGGAAUUGUAAAAAAAUGUAAAGUAGAAAAGGACGUGUUUCUUAGACGAAGGAGAAAUACUGUAAAAUUGUGUAAAUGUCACUACUCAUGUUUUUUCGUGUUCUGUGUAGCAUAGUGUAAAAUAGGCUUUCCAGCAGUGUUAUUCUGUGAAUUGUAAUUUAAAAAACAAGCCAUGCAUGGUCAGAGAUAUUAUCUACAGGUCCUUUUGGUUUUGUUUGUUGUUUUCUCGUUUUAGGUAAAUUUGGUUUAUGUUAAAUUUUAUUGUCCAUGAAACUGCAUUUUUGCUUUUCAGUUUUAUUUCAUAAAGAACUUGAAUUACUCUUUAAGAUUUUAUUACACAUGACGCUUACCUACCGUUUGUAUUGAUCCUUCAGAAGCUUUGUCACAUUUAGUGUAAACCAGAGGGAUUUUCUUGUUAACACACCCCUCAUCUGCCUCUUCUCCCCCCACUCUCCACACUUUACUGUCUGGAAAGAUGCAGUCACACCUUUUUUUUUUUUUUCCUGUGCCAUGCAGGGUCAAUAUGGAAAACUGACCGCAGACCUGUGUCCAAAAUUUCUUGAUAUAAGUAGUUAAAAAGCUCACCUCUACAGCAUUAUGUAAACACAUCUUGCAAUAAAGCUUUAUAAAGCACUGA